GACUAAUCAAGGCAGUUGAGCUGAAGCCAUGAAAACCUUUGCAUCUGUGGGUGUGAACUUUAUAAGAAGAGGAAGAGUUAAUUUUCUGUCCAGAACAGUUUGGACCAUUUAUAGAGCUCCGCAGUAUGUCCAUAAAGCUGGUGUCAAGCGGUAGUUACAAUGUACGAGCGUCAGAAAUGGCCCACAAUCAAGAUCGUCAGCCCAAAACUGUUAAUUGUGUUGUCCACUUCCUUGAUGAGACAGAUGAGACAUUUGAAGUUGAUAAGCGGUCCAAGGCACAGCAGCUAUUGGACAAAGUGUUUGACCAUCUGGAGCUGGUAGAGAAGGACUACUUUGGCCUGCAGUUUAUAGACAUGGCCCCCGGAGAGGAUGGCAUGCGUUGGCUUGAUCCCUUGAAGACAAUCAAGAAACAGUGUAGAGGUCCCCCUUAUGAGUUCUUCUUUCGUGUCAAGUUUUAUGUGUCAGACCCAAGCAAACUUGCUGAAGAAUACACACGAUACCACUUCUUCCUGCAAGUUCGCCAGGACAUGCUAUCUGGGAAACUGGUGUGUUCUGAACAUCAGGCAGCCGCCCUUGCCAGUUACGCUGUACAGUCUGAACUUGGUGACUUCAAUCCUGAUGAACACAAAGAUGGUUAUCUCAAUGGCUUUAUGUUUGUCCCCAACCAGACAAGAGAAUUUGAACAACAAGUGGCAGAAAAACACAGGCAGCAUCGGGGUCAAACACCGGCUGACGCUGAAUUUAACUUCCUGGAGAGGGCAAAGCGACUGGAGAUGUAUGGUGUAGAUUUGCACAAUGCACGGCUGAUGCUGCCAGAGGAGGAGAAAAAGGACCAGAGUAGUAUAGAGAUACAACUGGGGGUGACCUCUGCAGGGCUGGUUGUGUUCCAGAACAAUCUCAGAAUCAACACUUUUUCUUGGGGGAAGAUUGUAAAGAUUUCUUUCAAGCGAAAACAGUUUUUCAUACAGCUGAGAAGAGAAGUGGUGACAGAUAGUAUAGAGCCCCCAGCAGAGGAGAAAAGUGGAAAGGCCCAAAAUGAGCCAGUGGAAAACCUGAUUGGCUUCAACAUGACCAGCUAUCGGUCCUGUAAAAACUUGUGGAAAUCCUGUGUAGAGCAUCACACCUUCUUCCGCCUGCACCACCCAAACCCUCCCAGCAAAAAGAUUUUUUCUCUAGGCUCAAAAUUUAGGUAUAGCGGUAGAACAGAGUUUCAAACAUUAGAGGAAAGUAAAAGACGUGCCAAAAUAGAGAGAACCUUUUCCAGGUCGCCCAGCAAGCGAUACCGCCGCACCGUGGGCGCUGUAUCCAGGGACGCCAUUUUGGAGGAGCGGCGCUUCAUCGACGGUUACCGCCAGCUGUCCAAGUCACAGACGUUCUCCGGCCACUCGGACUGUGCGCAGCACGCCUUAUACCGGCGGGACGGCUUCAACAGCCAGGUGCGGGCCACCCUCCCACACGACUACAAGUCCUCCCGCACCUCCUGGCUGGAUGCACGCUCCGACAAAUCCGAUGACGAUGGGGGAUUUCUAUCUCACACCACCUCCCGGGACAACUACCCACUUCCCGUUCCCACCAAGGUGGUCAGCUACAACUCGGACUCCAAGUCGGACACGUACACCCAACCCACAUAUAGUGAUUAUUUGCCCAAUGGGAACUGUGUGUCAGAUGGUCUGGUUACAAUCAGAAUGAAGCCAGAUGACCAUGGGCGCUUUGGAUUUAAUGUGAAGGGUGGUGCUGACCAAGGAAUGCCAAUUAUCGUCUCCCGUGUAGCUCCUGAGACACCUGCCGACCUGGCCAUUCCACGCCUCAAUGAAGGUGACCAGGUUCUCUACAUCAAUGGUCGUGAUGUUUCUCAGCACACACACGAACAGGUGGUGAUGUUCAUCAAAGCCUCAAGAGAAACCCACUCUGGGGAGCUGGUAUUAAUAGUCAGGCCUAAUGUGUACGUGGGGGAAGAUACUGCAGAUGAGCCUGACUUCACCUACAUCCCUGAAACACAUCAGAUAGCCAGCUCCUCAUCUAGUGCCAACACGUUGGAAUCCUCCUUGCUGCUGCUACAGGAAGGUUUGGAGAGUGGGGCAGCCAUAGCACAAUUUGAGCAACUGUAUCGGAAAAAGCCAGGUUUGACAGUGAAUGUGGCUAGAUUGGAUGCAAAUAUCAACAAGAAUCGGUACAGGGACAUUUCUCCAUAUGAUCAAACAAGAGUGAUAUUAAAACAUGGUGUCAAUGGAGACUAUGUCAAUGCCAACUAUGUCAAUAUGGAAAUCCCUGGCUCUGGCAUCGUCAACAGGUAUAUAGCAGCCCAGGGUCCUCUGCCAAACACAUGUAUCGACUUUUGGCAGAUGAUCUGGGAGCAACAGUCUUCUCUGGUAGUCAUGCUUACAACGAAAGUGGAGCGAGGCCGGGUCAAGUGUCACCAGUACUGGCCACAGCUGUAUGAGACAGAGGACUUUGGCCCCCUGCAGAUAACUUGUGUCAAGGAAGAAGAGACACCAUCCUUUGCUUUUCGGGAAUUUAACUUGACGCAUGUGGAGACCAGUGAAGAAAGGCACAUACGCCACAUGCAGUACAUUGCCUGGCCCGACCACGGGGUGCCAGAUGACCCCAGUGAUUUUCUGGAGUUUGUCAUGAAGGUUCGCCAGGCCAGGGCAGGCAUGGUGGAGCCUACAGUAGUUCACUGCAGCGCUGGCAUUGGGCGAACUGGGGUCCUGAUCACCAUGGAGACAGCUAUGUACUUGAUAGAAGCCAAUCAGCCUGUGUACCCAUUGACUAUUGUGCGACAGAUGCGAGAUCAGCGAGCCAUGCUUAUUCAGACCUCUAGUCAGUACAAGUUUGUGUGUGAAGCCAUACUUCGUGUUUAUCAUGAGGGACUUGUCAAACCACUGGAAGACUUCAGAAGAUGAGCUUCAGCCACUUAACAGAAGUAGCCAUCAGCUCCCACAGACGUUUUUCUCACAGGCUUCAGUGGUUCCUGUCGCUUGUUGUGUGCUGCUACAAGAAGAAUGGUAAAUGGAGGAAUGGCAGGCAUGCUGCUGUUAGCGUGUGGUGUUUACCUAAGGCACAUGGGGAGGUUACAAUUCAUUACCUUUAUACAAGGAAAUCUUCCAGUCAGUGAAUGGAAUGGCGUGGUAACUUGCAUCAAGACUUUUUUUUUUCCAAGUGCACCAUUCAGGGCAGCUGAGCUUUGGGUGAGAAAGGGAGACAGUACUCAUCUGUAUUCUACAAGGCGGGUCAGUGCAUUCAGCAUUUAUCAGACUGCAGUAUGCAGCACAAGAAGGGUGCUUGGAGGAAGUCUUGGACAUUUGGAAACAGUCACAAUACAAACAUUGAAGCGGGCAGGGAGAUCCCAGUCCAGAAGUGGUUGAUAGAGAGCCAUCUGCCACAGUCAACUCACCUAGUAUUGCAUCAGGAAGCUUGUCCUGUACAAAAUGGCUCUCAUUUUACUUGUUGUUCGCAACUUGCCUACCUAGAUACAUUGAAGUUGCACAAAGGUGCACAGAUGAAGAGGAAGUGUGGUAUUCACUUGCUGACGUGGGGAGUGAUAGAGGAGGAGUGAACGAGACUGUGUGUGCUUGUGUGUAGAUCCCUGCAGACAAACAAAUGAAUAAACGGUUUAUUUGAGUGUUUGUGCACAUAAUGGCAAGAAAACUUUGUAAAGAAGUAACCAGUUUGAUCUGGUUCCAACCAAUGUUGUCAGCUGUGAUUGUGAGAACAGGUACCACACACUUUAAAUUGGCCAAGACACAUGUUCCCUUCUUGUGCACCUGUAACCAUCUUGUGGCUAUUUUGGUUAAGGACACCAUAUCAUGUACAAAACAGUUGCAAAAACUACUGCUAACUUCACCUGUCAGUCUGAUUUUUAUAUUCAUGUAUUUUUAAACAAGGAAAUACCAUUGUCCUCAGUGGGAUGUUGUGUUGAGUUUCUAGUGUGAAGACUUGGUCAGAGCAUGUUGAUGUGUUUGUUUGGCUGUUAUCGGUCAUAUUGUGAUGCCUGGUUAUGUAGUGAGAGUCUGUCUGCAGGACAUGAGGUCAGAGGAGUGACAUCUUUGGUAAAUCUGCUGUUGUUUGUGUGUAUUGAAUGGCUUCCAUUUGUGGCAAGACAUGAAGAAAGAAGUUUGCUUGAAUUGUGAGCAUAUUCUUCACAGGGCAACAUGUAGACUCUUGUUUUGUCUUAGUCCUUGCCCAUUUUAUCAGUGUGUUUGUCUUUGUCUGUCCACCACUUUCUCUUUCAUGGGUUCCACUUGCUUGCUAAAGGACGAUGUCAUGGCACACGUUUGUAUUCACAUGUAGCAUCUUUUUUUUUUUCCCCUGUUUAGUUUAUUGCUAUUCCAUGUUAUGCCAUUCAGCUUAAUGUCACUUGAAAGUAUUAUGGUGUAAGAUGGUGAGUGAUUUACUGACUGGACCUGCAAGAUGAUGCGUACUUUACUAAGUGGACCUGCAAGUGCAAGAAGUGUUUUCUUUGCUCUCUCAUGCAUGUACACUUGCCACAAGAAUUGCACAGUGCGAAGUAAAGAUUUUGACUAGGUUACUUUAUGUGGAAUACAAUCAUUUCUAUGUCAGAACCACUUGCUAUUGAAGAUGUGAAUGAAGCAGCCGACAGCUAUUUAAAACAUCAAAUAGCAUAUAGCAUUGACACAGGUGAUAAAGUCUUUAUCUUGAAAAGUUACAUCUUACAUUGAUCUAAAUAUAUUAUCAUACAUCUGUUAUUCAGGCAACUUUUGUUUUAGGGCUUUGUUUUUAAAUGACCUUAAAUAAAAUGUUUCAAGAAGAAAAAAAGGGAUUUGCUGAGGGAGGCUAACAAUAAUGGUGAAAUACAAGCACAUGUUUGUCAGACCAGUCAGCAUGUUAUUUUAGCCCAUAGAUGAACAUACCUGGAAACCACAUGAAAAAUGGCUGUUAAAACAUGGCCUGGGCAAAUAGCCUGCCACCUCCUUUCUCUUUCUUUUACUCUUCAAUGUGAGAAGAUUUUGAUGUCUUCUAGUUUUAUUACUGUUUUUCUUAUUUAAGUAUUACUUCUGUGAUAAAAGUGUUGGAAAUUUUUUUACCUGGAAUGCUUUCCUUCCCUUCCACUGUGUAUUUCUGGCAUGGUCUUAUGUUUUUUAACAAGUGUUGACCCCACAAGAUUGGACAUUUUUAAACAGCAAGUCAUCUUUAUUGCUCACCUUCUAAUUCUUUGACUUAUGCAUGCAUGUGACCUGUAGUGUACCUUUCUGGAUGUGUACAUUUCAUUUCAUUAUUUAUAAUCACACACUAUUUAUUAUAAUUUCUAUGCUGCACAUUUUUUUAAUGUUAAUUGAACAUCUCCCUUGUUGCAUUUUCUGUAAUUGUAAUUAUUAUGCAUCAUAGGGCACCACAGCACCCUAGUUUCAGCUUGGCAGGACAGAUGUUAAAAAUUAUUGACUUUGUAGCUGUUAUAUUGUCAUAGUUUGCGAUGAACUUUGUUGAGAUUCCAGAUAUGUGUGAGCAUGUCAGUUAUUUCCAGAUUAGCCUGCGAAUGUUGUUAUUGAUGGUGUCAGAAGAAGAGCUGCAUAACAAAGGUAACUGCAUCUUUCACACCCUGUCAAACUGUCCCGUGGAAGUUUCUAGAUGCACAGCAAGAAUAAGAAGUGUGCAACCUAUGAAUGAGCAUGUCACAAGCAGUGGUGCUGUGUAAUUAUUUGUUUUUUUGCAACAAUCAAGUUGUAGAAAGUUGUUGGGUGUGUAAUGAAGUACACUUUGUAGUCAAACAGAUUAGGAAAGGUGUAGAGGGAGAGAGUAGUAAAGGUACAGGUAGAGGGAGAGAGUUGGACUUCACCUGCUGUUUAUCAAAAGUUAAAGGAUCAAUUAGUUCAUGGCCAUGUGACCAUGAGGCCUUACUCUAAACCCACAACCUCUCAAGAGGAUAAGGUGAGAAAAGAGAAUAUGUGAAGUAGUACAUGGGUUUCGUGUAGUUGUGUAGAGUGGUUUUUUUGGACUUCGGCGCUAUUGUAAAGCAGCUGUUGGCAUUAUAUGUUGUGCUCAGUUUCAAAAAUAAACCUAGUGGUGGUUGACUUUAUCAUCACAUAGCUGGCAUUCAUACUUACACAUGUGCACCUGAGUGUUUGCUCACACACACACAUGCACAAAUGUACACAUGCUGCUGAGCAUUUACAAGUUGACAAAAAGAUUGACGCAAUUAAUGACAUUUUCAGAGUUGUUUCCCCUUAAGCUUGCAAUCUGCAUUCCUGGAUCAGUGCCAGGACUUUAAAGGAAGAAGCAGCAGGUCAGCCUGCUGGAUGAGAAAAUAUUUUUCUUGUAGUCUCAAGAUCUUUAUUCCUUACCAUAGCUCAUAGCAUAAGAAAACAUCAUUAAGGCCCAAUGAAUAUACUCCAACGUAGCUUUUGUGCAAAAAUUCUUUUUCAAUGAUUAAACUUUUGUCACUGAAACAUCAGUUGAAAUGCUGCCAGCUGAACAGUGAACAGUGUCUGGUUAAUUAUGUAGCCUGCACAGCACUUGACAGAACAGCAUCAACUUGGCAAAUAUAAGUUAAACAUUUUUGAGAGCUUUAUCAUGGAAGUUGGUCAUGACCUGAGAUUAUCUUUUCAAGACUCCAUGUCAAGUGUGUAAAAGUGUCAGUUAUGUUCGCCUGCCACAACACCUUGGUUUUGUCUCUCAAUGUUUUGUGUGCUUUACAGUCUGUCCUUCUACUAGAACAAAUGGUGGUUCUUGCUUUUUGGUCCAAAUGCCUGUUAAGUGCCCUUUACACUUUCAUAGUCAUUCUAUAAGUCAGCUUACUAUUUGCUAGCCAUUAGCCUGUUUAUGUUGAUAAGAAACUGUUUAUUUGCUAUACAACAUGGCGUAUGUAUUUAAGUCAUUUUCUGGACUGUACAGAGAGUUAGAUAAAUGAGAAAAUAUUAAAAAUGCUUUUAUUUUCAAGAUUGUUGUCAAUUCCAUUUGACACUUCCACUUUUGACACUUGUGCUUUCUCUUGAAUAAAAGAAGGCAAGGGUAAGAAGGAAUAACAUCUAACUUAAAGCAGGUGUGAAUAUGUGUGUGCAUAUGUGUGUCCUGUUGGUGAGUUCUGCCUAAGCAGGUAGAGCUCAAGAAGGAAUGGCCAACUGGAGGUUCUGUUCACUGCUUGUUGUAAUGGCUACCUGUUGAUUAGUGUAUAUUUUCACUGCAUCACUUCUGUCAUGAAGUAGCUUUGACAAUUGAACAGAUCAGGGCUGAGCUGCUUUAGUUUUGAUGAAUUGCAUGUCAAUAAGGAUGAACAAAUUAUUUCUUGCUGGUAUUUAUGCCCCCAUGUUUAUAUCCUGAGAGAGCAAAUGUGUGAUAAAAGAAAGAGAGUUUGAUAUAGAUAUUAUUCAGUCCAUCUGUCAUCUGUGUAGUUGUCGAGAGGUCAGAAUUCUGGAAUUUGCAUAUAAACUGAGAAACAUCAGAAAUUAGCUUCUUGGUUCAACAGUAGUACAACCUGUUUCUUUGACAAUUGUUCAGUUAGAUCCUCUUUCCAACGGAUGAUAUAUAAAAACUGAGUGAGGCUCUGUUCCCCAUAGUUGGGUAUUAAAGUCUACCCUAUUUGGUCACAGUUCUUAAGGCCUUGUUUUGUAGGAAUUAAAAUGGAUCACAAAGCAGCAGUAAAUGGCUUAGUUUCUAAGGAUGACUGAAAGUACUAAAAUAGAUGUUAUUGCUUGUUUUGAGCCAUUCAUGGCAGACAAGUUGUAGCCUCUUGAUCAAAAGGCAUACUUGUGAGCCUUUUAGGGAGUGUGAUGAACAGGUUAGAGAAAAGGGUUGUAAUGAAGAUUGCAGUUUGUCAGCAUCUUGGGUCAGCUGAUGUUUGACACUAAUCACAUUUGGAAGUGACCAUCUGUCAUCAUUGGAAGGCAUUUGACCAUUUUGUUUCACUUAUUAGUGCAGACAUGGAUAACCCCUGGUUGUGAUUAGCAUCAUUGAGUCCUGAUCCAUUAGUUUGCACAUUGCAGAUUCUUUUGCCUCUCCCUACCCCCAGUGCAGGUUUUGGGGUUUCCUGUUUUAUCUUUUGCAGUUUAUAACUGACUCACAGCUUGUGACUAACUUUUGGAAAAAGAAAGUGUGCAGAUGAGGAUGUGUGCGUGUACAAACAUUUCUGUAAAUAUAGGUCACCACUUGCAUAUAAUGGGAGCGUAUUUGUGUGGCCAGAUGUGUUUCAAUUAAAACGAUCUUUAAGAGCAACCUGUCAUUUUCAUCAAUUAAUUGCUUUCAAUUUUAUGUGCAAUUAGGAUGACAUUUUAGCACUGACUGCAGGACAUCAAAUUUCGCAGAUUAAUUCCUCUAAAAAAAUAUUUUUGUUCCUCUGUUUUUACAAAAUGAAUUUUUUAAUGCCUUAUUUGAUUAAAGUUAAUGGCUUUCAAUAAUAUUUUGGAGAUUUAAAUCCCACCCUUCCCCAAAGGCAUCCAGUCAUGUGAAUCUGCUCACCAUAUGGAAAAACAUUUGUAGUAGAAAAUAUGCCAUAGAUGACGGAUGUGAAAUUGAAUGGAAAGAGAGGUGGAUACUUGAGGUCUGACAGACAAGGCUUUUUAAACAUUUGAGGUGUGUGUUUCUGAUUGUGCAUGUGUUUUCUUUGUUUUUACCUCCAUUGUAGUUGUGAGGUUACUUUCAUUAGAUUAUCUGUCUUAAAUGUAGCCUGUUUAUGUUCAGCAUGGUCAUCCUGAUUCAGAUUAAUCAUGUCGAUAAGGACACUGGGCAUUUUGUUUUUUUUUAUCUUGAUCACUUACAUGUGGACAUUUUGAUUAAAAAUCAGUUAAUUGUUGCUGGGAUUUUCUUCAUGUUAAUCAGUCUGCCAGUCUUCUGUCUUUUUAUAGGGUGAUCAGAAAUUAAAAUCAUUCUGUCAUGCGCAGUCCUAGAUGAGAACACUGUAUAUUUUGAUCGUGGAAUUUCUUCUAAACUUUUUUUAAAAGUUGAUAACAGUGUAACCCUAUGUGUUCAGCACUGCUGCGAUAGAGCCAUAGUUGCUGGCACAGCAUAAAACACAACCAACCAACCGAUAUGUGCAGCAUUGAAGCACCAUGCACUUGUGUCUGCAUGUUACCCAAGUGGAAACCCAUGUACAAAAAGAAGGGUGUGGCAGUGAGUUCACACAAUAAUGGCUUUGCUGAAUGUUUAAGGCAGAUUGGUUUCCAUAUUUUAUUCAGCCAGAUGCAGAUAUAUCAGAUGCAGAUAUGAAACACAGUCAGCGAAAGUUCUUUCAGGUUCCACAGUAGAAAUGUUUUAUAUAUACAUACACACAUUGUAUAUGUAUAAACCAUCUCUUUGUGGACACUGUAAGCUAAAUUUCAUCACUGAAUAUGUAUUGUAAAGAUACUGUCGAAGAGGUGCACAGAAUGCUUAUCAUUAUGUGUAUUACAUGUGUCAUUAUGUCAACAUCUUUAGGAUUGUCCCAAACCAUUGCUGUCUGUCCAUGUGCCGCCAGAUAAUACUGGCAAAUGUGCAGGGUGACCGGCUCAUCAUAUAAAUAGCCUCAGUGCUUUAGUAGCAAAGCCCAUUUUGUGGGUGGCCAUCAGGUUUGUUCAUUGCCUGCCAGUCAUUUCUGAAGUACAUGCUUUAGUUUAUUUGCCCUGAGUUUCCUACUCAGUUAUUUAAAAUUACAAUGUUGACACUGAUCGACUGUAAGCAUUGUGAUCUUAGUCUUAACAAACAGUAACAUUCUUACUAGUAUGAUGAAGUUGCUUGAAGAUGUUCACAUUUUUUUUUUUUUUUAAGCACAGAAGUUGUAGUGAAGAUGUGUCUUUCUCAACUAUUUUGUUGGUUACAGUCCUGGUUCAGUGUAUGUGUACAUUGCUUGUUCAUUGUGAGCUCAUAUUUCAAUAUUGGCUCAUAUUUGGCAUCGUGUUAAACACCCUGGGUACAUUUUGCAAGUCAAAACAAAUAUUCUAGACAUGACACAUUUGCCUGCUACUUUUUAAAUAAAACAAAAACUAAAACUUUCAGACCACCUUGCCCUGGCUCUGGAGCAAAAAGUUGAUAAAGUAAAAUUUUUAAAAAGUGAA